AUGGCUGUGCCUAGUCUGAAUUAUCUCCCUGCUGCUUUCCAUGCAGCCAUACUAUGGCUAGCAGAGGAUGCCUUUUUGCCAGAUAGUGGAUAUCCUUAUACCUCACCUUCUUAUAAUAAGGGAGAAUCACUAGCAAGAAUGUGCUACAAGAACAGAACUAGCUUAUACAAGAAAGUUGGGAGGAUGAAGGCAACAUACAAGUCACAUGUCUUUCCAAGAUUAGGACAAGCACUUCAGCUCAUUGCCAAGAGGAAAUCACUUUCUCAGACCACUGGGAAUAUUCUACUGCACCAAGACAUUCUAGAAAAAACCAUAAUAAUAACCAAUCCAGAAAAUGCGGAUGGCAAUUCCAGCAUGCUGAUUGGUCUCAACCUUGCUAAAGAGAUCAUGCAGCGGGCGAAAAUUCAUGGCAAUUGA